GUGAGCAUUUGGACUCCACGCACAGUACAACACAGCACAGAAGAAGCAGAACGGAGGAGCAAGAAGAAGAUCGGCGGCGAUGGAGUACGAGUACCAGUACAUCAGCGGCGGCGCCGGCAGCUUCGCCAAGGAGAAGAGGCCUCCGGCGAAGAGGGGCCAGGUCAAGCUCCAGAUGGUGAGGGCGCUGAGCAACCUCGUGUCUCCCAGCGGCGCUGCUGAUGGCUCCAAGCAAGCCAAUCGCAACAGCUUCAGAAGAGAAACAAGCUAGUAGUACAGCUGAAGAAGUGAAGAAGAGAUUGGAUUUUCAACACCCGGGUGUCUAGGCACCCGGUUAUCUCCCCCGUCCGUUCAGAAAAUAGCUGCUCGGGAUCUGGACCAGGCCCUGUACCCCUGGUUCUAUUAACAGUCUAUAGGAUUCCUUUAAGCGCCAGCUCUGGGCCUAUUCUCUCACUGUUCAUCGUAGGGCAGAAUCCCACUUCGCCUGUA